AUAUUCAUAAUUAUCAUAAAGGAUUAGGCCUAUUAUCCAAUAAUGCAUGGCCUCAAUUUAAAAGACAGGUUACGGAUUGUAGCUGUAUUAGGGUGGUGAUAUCAAUUCUGCCGACUCCUGGAUCUGGGGGAUCUUGAUUUUGGAAACUCACCCGUUAUACACUGUCAGAACCCACUGGAGUAAAGAGUGAUAAAACAUCGAAGCGAUGGACCAGCCCAUCAAUCCGUACAUAGGCCCCCAAGGCACCAACCCACCGGUACCUCAAUAUGGUUCCACUGUUGAUAAUAAUUCGGAUCUCACUCCAAGAAGUGCAAGCUCUGUUCAUGUCAUCACAGACGACGACAACAAGGAGAAUGAGGAUAUAUACAAGUUUACCCCUCAUGUUCCGGUAGCAUACGAUGAGACUUUCAAGGAAUCUGGUUCUGUUAUGGGAUUUCCUUUCAUGAAAGAAGUAAACGAAUCGAUUUUCAAAUACACUCACUUCGCCCUGUACGCCACUCUGACCCUCAUCCUCGGGCCCAUCUUCUCCUUCGUCUGGGCAAUCGCCUUCGCCCUCUUUCACGUCGUCAUCAUCUGGCUGAUCCAACCCGUCAUCAAGUUUGUCUACUUGUUGCUCAGGAUCUCCAGUCUCCUCUUCGCUCCAAGCAUUCGACUAUUCCUUGACCCGAUCUGGAUUUCGACCUCCUUGGUCUUCUCCAACAUCCGGGCAUUGUGUCGGCUGAACAAUUCGGAUAUAACCUUAAACAUGAAAACCAGCCAAGUUUAGCGCCCAUUUUUCAAGGCUUUGGUGAAGGACCAUGAUUAUGCGCCAGAAUCGUCCAGUUCCAAUAUUACAACAGUGUAUCGUGGUCAUUGUUUAGCUUUUUUAAUAUGAAUCUUUAGAAUGUAAAUAUAGCAUCUAUGUAGCACCAUUUCUCGGUAGUGAUUUAUUUUCAUUCAAAAUAUUCUUUUCAACACUUACUUCACAAAUAUAGAAAUUGGAUAUAUUAGGAGCUAUAGCAAGAUAUUGUAUCCUGCAAUUUUCAGCCAGUUCCGUGCUUGAGAAGGAAUUUUAUGUAGGCAAUACAAAAUUACACAGAUAUUUUAGUUUGAUGGGGUGCCCGGUCAAAAUAUAUUUGGAUGUAAAGUCGGUAGAUUUAGCCAAUAAAGCACAUUUUUAUUUUGUGUCCUAUUAUUGUAACCGUUUUAGGGCACUGUCAUAUUGAUAUGAAUUUGAAUAGAGACAUCGAUUUUUGUGGGGGGGGGGGGAUUUAUCAAAACUAAAGGAUAGGCCUUUAUAGUAGCGUAACUCAUAUUUGAGGGGGCCAGACAUGGCUUAUUGGGCAAAAUGUCUUUAAAAGCUACACAAUUUUGACAAGUUUGCCUCGCCUGCAGCGGAUAGAGCGAGACUAACGGCGCCGCUUUUCCAACGGCGGUUGCGGUGUUGUCAACAUUGAAAUCGUAACCAAGGUUAAGUUUUUUAAAUGCCAUCAUAACUAAAAAUGUAUAAAGAUCUAGUUCAUAAAAAUUGGACAUAAGGAUAAUGAAAUAUCACUGAUCAUCUUGCAUUAGUUUCAGUUCACAUGACCACGGUCAAAGGUCAUUUAGGGUCAAUGAACUUUGGCUAUGUUUUGGUUGUCAACAUUGGAAUCUUAACCAAAAUUAAGUUUCUGAGAUAUUAUCAUCAGGAAGUGUAUGGAUCGAGUUCAUGAAACUUGGAAAUAUAAAGAUAAUCCAGUAUCACUGUUCAUAUUGCAUUAGUAUUAGGUCACAUGAUUAAGGUCAAAGGACAUUUAGGGUCGAUGAACUUAGUAUUUAUCACAUUUAGGGUCAAUGAACUUUGACCAUGAUCGGAGAUUUUCAAAUGUCUAUAUUUUCAAAGUGCAUGGAUCUAUGGCAUGAAACUUGGACACAAGGUUAGUCAAGUAUCACUCAUUCUUUUUCAAGAGUUUCAGGUCACAUGUUUAAGGUCAAAGGACAUUUAGGGUCGAUGAACUUAGUAUUUAUCACACUAUGAAUGGUGUUUUUGUGAAUCUUUUUUUCAUCCUAGUUGUUUCCAUAUUUAACACUGCUGGUUAAUUAAAUCGCGUAAUGCAGGAGAGACUGCCAGAGGCGUUCCAUUUAUUAAUUUUAUUCUACUUUAUUUAUUUUUAUUAUUAUUAUUUUUUUUUUUUUUUGGGGGGGUAGAUUAUGACAUGAUAUUCAGAGAAUAUUAUAAUAUGUCACUCUUUUCUUUUCCUUUCCUUCAUUCUCUCCUUUAUUGUUCUCAGUCGUUUAGAUCCGGGGGGGGGGGGGUCUAUAUGUCCCCAAGCCCCCCUUCUGUACGCUAGUGGGACUUGACAAGGCUUCCAUCAUUACCUGGGACGUGAAUUUUAUCCCUUCAACAUGUUUAAUUCGUUGUAAAUUAAUGCAGUUUCCUAAAAACAGAUAUUGACAUAAAAAAAUUGGGCGAAACGAGCGAACUAUAAACCGAUAAGUUUUAAAUCAGCGAUUAAUGAUGUAAUAAUCAUGACUGUAAGAAGGACUUAUCGACCAGACAUUAGAAUAAAUGGGAUAAAAAUGUUAUUGCUAAUGUACAAUGCAACAGACCUAAUUAAAAAAUGCCUAAAUUUAGACAUUUUGUGUGUGUGUGGAAUGCGGGGGGGGGGGGUGGGGCUUCAGCCAACCACCCCUAAACAUUACACCCAUGAAGUUCGGUAACACGACAUUUGGUAGGCCCCUAUUACCUAUUUGAUAUCCAUAAUUAUAAUAUAUGUAUAUAUAGAGAUUAUAACUGUUAAGCAAUCUAUAAUUUCCAUGACAAAAUGUUCAUCUAUUUGAAUCACAUUAAUCAUACGGCCUAUACAAGAUAUAUGCUGUAGUGUAUAACAUAAUGUAUAAAUUUCUUUUACGUGUUUUUUAUUUUAAAAUAUACAAAUAUGAUUGGAAACAUUUU